GCCAGAAAGUGUUUGUGUUGUCACCUACCGACAGACCGUCCGUCCGUCCGUCUCCAUCUUCGGGCCGGCACCUGCAGGCCGCCCAAAAGGCACCCGUCGAACCGGCAGCAGACCGCGCGCGCAAAUUGCUGAAAUGAAAUAUAUUUCGCGAAAAUUGAAAUUUAUUUAGAUAUAGAUAAAAAGAAGUGCGCGACGCGGAGGGCAAAGCGAAAAAAUAGAAAAUUAUUUAUAAAUAAUAGCCGCGUGAAAAUAACAGCCAGAAGCGGCAGAAAAACCAAACUCCCCACGUACAGAAAGGGGGAUCCAAAGCGUUAUUGUGUUUUAGAAAGAGCGAGAGAGAACGAAUAAAAAAAAAAAAAACGAGGAAGAAAAAUAGUGGCGGAAAAAUCUAUCAAUUUUAUCAGGCUUCCGAGCGCUUCCUUCAAUCACCCUUAUCCCUCUCGCCUAGCAUAGCCAAUACAAUCAAUAAAAUAACGAGCAUUUCGGCGCGUCCGCAUUUGCGAAAUAAAUAAAAAAAAACGGUGGAUCCAAGUGAUUGAAAAAUUGUGCAACGUCGAACCUAGCCAAACGCAAAAGUGGCGACGAGGAACGUGUCCCCCUAAAUCAGAGUUGGUGCAUAAUCAGUAGUAGUAGUGUUAGACGGGCGUUACAAAGAAAUUACACAGGCAGUACCACCGCAGAAAAGAAGAACCACCAAAACCAGUUUUCGUUCGUUUAGUGCGAGCGUUCAUUUUUUUUCAUAAUUGUGUUGCGGUCUAGAACCGGCAGCGUCGUGAAGAACCGACCAAAAAAAGCCGUCAAGCUGGCCGCGUCAAUAGCAAUGAACCCACACUACCAUCCGUACUCGGAUCUGGGCUCGUCCCCGCACUCGCCCAGUCCGGACAACAACAACUACCCGCAGCUGACGCCGCACCACAAUGGCCACGGUGGAGGCGGCGGUGGCGGGCCCGGCAAUCCGAUGGGGGUCAGCCAGAUGGACAGCCAGGCGGCGGGAUUCCACGGCAUGGGCAACGGAGGCCCCGGUGGCGGUCCCGGUGGACCGGUCAAACACUGCGGGGGCUGUGGAGGCAAAAUUACGGAACGAUUCUUCCUGCACGCACUCGAUCGGUACUGGCACAAUUCCUGUCUCAAAUGCUCCUGCUGUGGUGCCAUGCUAGCAGACAUCGGUUCCAGUUGUUACACCCGCAGCGGCAUGAUCCUGUGCAAAACAGACUACUCCAGAUUGUUCGGAUCCGGAGCGUGCUCAGCCUGCCACCAGACGAUACCCGCCAACGAGUUUGUGAUGCGAACGACAUCGCACACGACGAUAAACAACAACCUGAACAACGCCAGCAACCAGAAUGGGGCAAACAACAACAACAACAAUAACAACAACAACAACAACAACGGCCAGGCCGUCCCUCAGCAUCACGUGUUUCAUCUCAAGUGUUUCCAGUGCUCCAAAUGCGGUUGCCAUCUGGUGCAAGGUGACCGAUACUACAUGCUGGGUGGAAGUUUAGUGUGCGAACAGGACUGGCACAAGCUGGUGAAGACUUCCAAUGCCCAGACGAAUCCCCCGCUGCGCAAGGGUAAGGUCGGGCGACCUCGGCGAUCGCGAGACUGA